GUCUUGUCAAGAGAAUGGACCACGAAAUGAAGCCCAAAACAGGCUUUCUGUCUCUUGCUGAAGAACUCUGGUUGCAUAUUCUGAGCUUCCUUUCUUGCAAAGAUAUUCUCCGUUGUACAUCCGUAUGCAAGGCCCUCCAACAGACGUACUUGUCCUCCUCCAAGCUUCAAUAUAUUGUCGAACUUAGUGGCCAACGGUUAUCAUUCCCUGUUCCCACCAAGGACGAUCACACCCCUACUUCUGAGCGCUUACAGCUCUUGAGGGACAGAGCUCAUGCGUGGUUCAAGGUUGACUUCCACUCUUCCGAAACCGUUUUUAUACCAGAGGUACCGGGCUAUGUGGACAAAUUUGUCGCCGAUGGGCAUCUCUAUUUGUGGGACGCACACGAAGACAAGGCAGCGAUUAUCCCGAUUCUUCCAAAGCCCUCACAACAAAGAAUCAAACGCAACUGGUCUCCAGGAACGUUGCGUCCACUUCAUAUUCCAGCAGCCAACCUCGAUGUCCUCAUGGACCCAGCACAGAACCUGAUCGCAUCCGCAUAUGUUAUUUAUGUCGACAAUGCUGAACCCGGACAUCUGGCUCGCGAGACACUCCAUGUCGACCUAAUUCCCCUGGAUGGUAGUAUUCCCCUCCAAGCUGCUGGACGGACACUGAUUGGGCUGCCCGAAAACGAGAACGAAAUUACUAGGACAAGCAUGGCGAAGCUGAAGGAUUAUGGGAAGUAUAUCGCUUUGUACCGCAAGGUGGAAGUUUAUAGUACUUCUGAAUUAUACACGUCCUGUCCGAGGUGGAAGCUGCAGAUCUGGGACCGGCAGCACUCAACGACAUCCAAUAGCGUCCUCAGCAGAUGCUACUCAUAUCGGGCAGAUAACAACGUGAACGAUUUUUGUUUCCUCGGAAACAACAGGUUACUAGUUGCCAUCGACAUGUUGGAGCUCUAUUCAUUCGAGGACAUGUCCCAGACGCCACAAUUGCUGGCGCGUUUCGUGAUGCCCUUCCAAUUGCUGGAGAUAGAAUGCAUCCUUUCCACGGAUGAUAUUGCACAUACCCCUCAGAUGCCGACGGCGUGCACCCCAGACCUCAGGCAUCAACUACUAUGCCUCAACGCUUCGUGUGCUACUAGUACAGCUCAAUAUCAAGUCUACGUCAUUUCCACGAGGAUUUUCUUCGACUUUGACGGAACUAUGAUAGAAGCACCAGAAAUACCAUGGAAUCACUGGGGCCCUUCAAAUGCUCGUUUUUUUCAGCACCCAUUUCCACCCAGAAUUCGCAUUAGUGGGAAUCGGGUCUUGCAGGCAAAUUUUUUCGGUUGGCCUUCAAUACAUAUGAUGGACUUCAGCCCGCUAGCUGUCACAAACAGGCAGGGUCUGGGGUGA